UUUUUUUCUCAUCAUUAUGGCCAGCCACGGUAGAGAUGUCGAGGCUUUCGACGCCCAUCAGCACUACCACGAUGAAGACGAGAAGAUCGAGAAGGUCUCUCCCGAAGAGUCCCCCCCGGCCGAUGACCCGUUCGGCAACGAAGAGACGGCCGAAGUCAAGUUUCGAGUGAUGAAGUGGUGGAACUGUGGCAUGCUCAUGAUUGCGGAGAAUAUCUCUCUGGGUAUCUUGUCGCUGCCCUCCGCUGUGGCCACUCUGGGAAUUGUUCCCUCUAUCCUCAUCAUCCUCGGAAUGUCGGGUAUCUCCUGGUACACCGGUUAUGUCAUGGGACAGUUCAAGCUGCGCUAUCCCCAGGUUCACAGCAUGGGUGACGCCGGCGAGUUGCUCAUGGGUCGGGUGGGACGCGAAAUCAUGUUCUUCGGCCAGCUGCUGUUCUGUAUCUUCCUCAUGGCCAGUCACGUCCUCACCUUCACCGUGCUCUUCAACACGAUCACCGGCCACGGCACCUGCACCAUCGUCUUCGGAGUUGUCGGUCUCGUCGUCAGCUGUAUCUUCGCCCUGCCUCGCACCAUGAACAAGGUGUACUACAUGUCCAUCGUUUCCUGCUUGAGUAUCAUCGUCGCCACCAUCACCACGAUGAUUGCGCUCGGAGUGGAAGCUCCGGCUCACGUCCAGAACGACGUCACCACCCACCCCAACUUCGUGAAUGCGUUCUUGGCCGUCACUAACAUCAUCUUCGCUUUCAUCGCCCACGUUGCUUUCUUCGGAAUCAUGUCCGAGAUGGAGGAUGUCCGCGACUUCCCCAAGUCGCUGGCCAUGCUGCAAGUGCUUGACACGACCAUGUACAUCAUCACGGCCAUGGUCAUCUACCGCUAUGCCGGUCCCGAUGUCAAGUCCCCUGCCCUAUCUUCCGCCGGUCCGCUCAUGAGCAAGGUCGCCUACGGUCUGGCCAUUCCUACGGUCAUCAUCGCGGGUGUGAUUUUCGGUCACGUGGCGUGCAAGUACAUCUUCGUGCGGGUGUGGCGUGGAUCUCCCCAGAUGCACACGAACAACCCGAUCGUGGUCGGCUCGUGGAUCGGCAUUGCGUUGGCUGUCUGGGUGAUUGCCUGGGUCAUCGCCGAAUCCAUCCCGGUGUUCAACGACCUGCUGAGUCUGAUUUGCUCUCUGUUCGGCAGUUGGUUCAGUUACGGAAUCCCCGCUCUGAUGUGGAUGGUGAUGAACAAGGGCCAAUACACGGCCUCGGCCUCGAAGAUCUUCCUCACCAUCGUGAACCUUAUCAUCCUCGGUAUUGCGUGCGCGAUUUGCGGUCUCGGACUCUACGUUUCGGGCAAGUCGAUCCACGACAGCACCGCCUCGGCCAGCUGGACUUGUGCCAACAACGCUCAGUCGUGAGUUUUCU